AUGGAGCGUGGGAGGAGCGGGGCCUGGGUGGUGUAUGAGCGACCCAACUACCAGGGCUCCCAGUACGUGCUGACCCACGGCGAGUACCCCGAGUACCAGCGCUGGAAUGGCUUCAACGACACCAUCCGCUCCUGCCGCAUGAUCCGUCACGAAAUUCAGAACUACGGCACCUACCACAUCCGCGUCUACGAGCGCCCCAACUUCCAGGGCCAGAUGAUAGAGUUCAACGAAGACUGCCCCUCACUGGUUGACCGCUUCCAGCACCUCGAGGUGCACUCCUGCAAGGUGUACGAUGGCGUCUGGGUCUUCUACGAGCAGCCCAACUACCACGGACACCAGUGGCUGAUGGAACGUGGAGAGUACCGCCGCUUCACCGAGUGGGGCGCCAUGCACCCCAGUGUUGGCUCUCUACACCGCACUUUUGAGAUGUUACCUACCUGUGUCUGUCCUAAUCAAUAA